AUGGCGCCUUCUCGGCUGGUGGCACUGCUGGCGGCGCUGUGCCUGCGCUUGGCGUCGAGGAGCGCGGCGGCGGAGGGAGGCUGCGGCGCCUGCGAGCCGGCCCUGUGCCCGACGGUGCGGUGCGCGGCGCCCGAGCUGACGGCGCUGGACGAGUGCGGCUGCUGCGAGCGCUGCCUGAGCGUGGAGGGCGAGCGGUGCGGCGGGGCGAGGGGCGCCCGCUGCGGCCAGGGGCUGGUGUGCGUGAGCCAGCGGACGGAAGGGCAGCCGGGGGCCGGCGAAGAGGAGGCGGCGGCGGAGGAGGAAGGCACCGGGCGGUGCGUGUGCGAGGAGGACGGCGCCGUGUGCGGCUCCGACGGGCGCUCCUACAGCAGCGUGUGCGCCCUUCACCUGCACAGCCGCCGCGCCCUCCACGCCGCCCGGGAGCGCGUCCGGAAGGCGCACGACGGCGAAUGCAAGCUGGCUCCUGCUAUUGUGGUGCCACCCAAAAAAAUUCACAAUGUCACAGGAGCUCAAGUCUACCUGUCCUGUGAAGUGAAAGCUGUCCCAACACCUAUCAUCACCUGGACAAAGGUGAUAGAAUCCCCGAAGGGGGUGAAGGUCCAAGAAGAACUGCCUGGGGACAGAGUCAACAUCGCAGUCCAAGUUCGAGGCGGACCUUCGAAACAUGAGAGCACAGGUUGGGUUUUGAUUAACCCACUGACAAAAGAAGAUGAAGGGGUUUACCAGUGCCAUGCUAAAAACGUGGUGGGAGAAACGGAGGCAGAGGGAACCAUUAAAGUCCUGGAUGCCAACAAAAAAGCUAAUUUCCUGACCUCUGAAGACAUGAAGUAGCAGG